AUGGACAAGGAUCAGCAAAAACAACCGUUGGUUAUCGAAUACCGGAAAAACUAUGGGACGUCUGCCAGCUCGCAACCGUUCCUGCCGGUGGCAGCUUCCCAGCCGCCCGGCUCAUCGGAACAACCCGGCCCGCAACGGUCCAUCAUCUACUGCGUGCACGGACAGCUGGCCGAUUCCUGCUGCGAGCUGCCAAACGAGCUCAGCAUCAGAAAGAUUGACUCGCAUUGUCACAAGCCACGGCAGGAAGGGAUCGAUAAGAUAGCACGGAAGAAGCUCAUGCUGGCGAGUGUGCUUUGCGUCAUUUUUAUGAUUGCUGAGAUAAUAGGUGGUAUUUACUCCAACAGUCUUGCUAUCGCGACAGAUGCAGCCCAUCUUAUGGCGGACUUGGCCAGCUUUAUGAUAUCCCUGCUUGCCCUGUGGAUAGCGGCGAGACCCUCGACGAAGCGGCUUUCUUUCGGCUGGUACCGAGCGGAAGUAAUCGGUGCAUUAGUGUCGGUGUUAAUGAUUUGGGUGGUGACGGCAAUCUUGUUCUAUCUGGCAGUUCUACGAACGAUCAACAGAGACUUCGAGCUGGAUGGUGAAGUAAUGCUGAUAACAUCCGGUUUAGGAAUAUUGGUGAAUGUGAUCAUGGGCGCUACACUGCAUAACCACGGUCACAGCCAUGCAGGGGGUGGGCAUCACGAGGAGGAAAACAUCAACGUUCGGGCAGCAUUCAUCCAUGUGCUGAGUGAUUUCGUGCAGAGCUUGGGCGUAUUUAUAGCGGCGUUGGUGAUUUAUUUCAAGCCCGACUGGAACAUCAUUGAUCCGAUCUGCACGUUCGUGUUUUCGCUGCUGGUGCUUGGCACGACGAUUGCCAUCAUGCGAGAUGCAAUUGUGGUUCUUAUGGAGGGCACCCCGAAGUAUCUCGAUUACACCGAAGUUAUGCAAACGUUUCUGCAAAUUGAGGGCGUCGUAAGAGUACACAAUCUGCGCAUUUGGGCUCUCAGUAUCAACAAGAUAGCACUCGCUGCUCAUUUAGCUGUCGAGCCAACCACCAACACGGAGCUCGUCCUGCGGGAAGCCACACAAACGGUUCACGCCAAGUACAAAUUUUUCGAAACAACGCUGCAGAUAGAAGAGUUUCAGCCCGAUAUGGAAGAUUGCAAUCAGUGUUCGAAUCCAAUUUAGUG